AUGGUAUCCCUUGCCACGACUUCACGAACCUCGGCGCUACCGGCCACUCCUUCACAGCGAGCCAAAAUGAUUCCGACAUCGUCCCCCGUUCCGAUCCUCAAGUCCUCGAAAACCUCCAAGCCAGGUCCAUCCAUCGGCUCGAAGCGAAAGAUGAGUGACCUGGACCUGGACCUCUCUCCAUCCGCAUCCCAAGAUGACGAGGAGACUCGCACGAAGAAGAAGCCCCGCGUGCAGUUCGACAACGACGUGAAGACACACGAAGAUGCCUCGUCCGAAGCGUCGGAGAAGAGCUUGGCUGUUGUUCGAGAGGAGGUCCGCGGUGCCAUUCAUCGACAUGUCACCAUGUCCGAGAGUGAAGGCUAUGACCGCAUCAAGGGGAUGUUCACCGCCGACCCCAAGAACCAGGAUGAUGAUGGCUUGCUAGCAUAUGAUAUGCCAACACACACAUGUUUGAAAAACCAUCUGCUUGGUCUCCUAUCCCAUGUCGCCUCCCUAGACCGGUCCUGCAGUGGGCUGGUCAGUGCUGUCAUCAACAGUGAAUGGCUCGGUCGUGACGAAUCCUAUGUCAAGCUUUUCAUCCGCUUCCUGGGCAACCUAGCCGCUGCGCAGGGCUCCUAUCUCUCCCCGGUGCUGAAAAUGCUGGCGUCCAACUUGACCACUGUGCCCCGGGGCCUCGGUCGACUUCCAGGUUAUGCCGUUGUGCCGGCUUCUACAAUUCAUACUCGUACUCAUAUGGCUCUGCGCCAUAUUCUACGGCUCAUCCCUGCUGGUAGCGGUGCAUUGUCUCCGAUUCUGACUUCUCAAUUCCCCUUCGACUCGGACCCUGCCAGUAUGAACAUCGCCUACACUCGCAACCUGAUUCAAAUGAUUGGCUACGCCCCUGAGCUUCAGUCCGAUAUCCUGGCUCUUGUUACAGAGAAGCUUGUUAAAAUUGAUGUGCAAAUUCAAGUUGACAUGGAAGACUACGAGGACGAGAUUGGUGACAAUCUCGUGCACGCGGCCGAAGAAGAGGAAGAGGAAGACGACGAUGCCUCAGUCGCAAGCGAUGAAUCAGAGGAUGACGACGAUGGAAAAUCUGGCAAAAAGAUCAAAGAAAACAUCAGCAAAGUCGAUGGCAUGAUUGAUCUUUUGUUUGAGUACUUUGCUCCUCCAUUUGCCUCCGGCAGUCUGAACGACAAAGAGAACGCCUUGGAUCUUCUCCUCAGCCAUUUCCAGACCAUCAUCCUCCCUACCUACCGAUCUCGUCACACCCAAUUCCUCCUGUUCCACUUCUCCCAAGCAUCUCCGGCGCUUAUCGAUCGUUUCGCUUCGACGUUUGUGCAGCUUAUAUUUAACAAGCUGCAGCCCGGUAUCAUGCGCCAGUCCGCAGCCGCAUACUUGGCCAGCUUCGUGGCUCGCGGUGCUCACAUUUCCGGCGAGGUCGUCCGUGAUGUCUUUGAUCUACUCCUCACCCACUUGAACAGUUUGCGCAUGGACUACGAAGGCGCUUGUCGUGGCCCCGACCUCCGUCGCUACGGUCCAUUCUACUCCACUGCCCAGGCCUUGUUAUAUAUCUUCUGUUUCCGCUGGCGCGACCUGACCACCGCCGCCGCCGAUGGUGACAGCUACGACCAGGUGGACGAGCUUGAGCCCACUCAAGUCGCGUUCCCACCCAAUAUCAAAGAGUUCCUCCACAAGUGCAUCUACUCACGACUCAACCCACUCAAAGUGUGCUCGCCGGCCAUUGUUUCCGAGUUCGCCCGCAUUGCCCACCACUUCCAAUUCCUCUAUGUCUACCCCCUCCUCGAAACGAACAAGCGCAUGCGUAUCACCGCAUUCCGAAGCAUCUCCACCCUCGCAGACCCCCGCUUCAGCCACGUCGGUCGUGAAAUCCGUGCCGGUGACAACAGCGGUUACCAACUGGACGCAUACUUCCCCUUCGAUCCAUACCAGCUUCCUCGCAGCAGACGCUGGCUGGAAGGUGACUACGUCGAAUGGCGUGGUAUUCCUGGCCUGGAUGAUGCAGAUGAUUCCGACAGCGGAGCCGACGAAUCUGAUGACGAGGAUGGCGAGGAUGUCACGGAAACGGACGAGGAGUGA